AUGUGGCUGUCUGCACUAGCCUCAUCACCCUUCAUUUCUUCCACCUUGCUGGUCAACAUCCGCGAUCUUGAGCCCCGAGGUCGAAGAGUCACGAGCACGUGGUUCGACAGCACUGUUUUCGAUGCACAGCCCACAAGGGAAACUUUACUCGGCAGUUCUCGCAUCGGCGUCGGCGCCACGUUUGAACACCCGGGUUUCUACAACAUGUGCAGCCUGCGGGCGUCGAGCUGGGACGCCUUGGAAAAGCGGCUCAUGCGAGUAGCGUUCGGGAACCCGUCUGGGAUCGGACCAUGA